AUGUAUGACGGCAGCGCCAAUAAGGAACAAAAAUAUCCAAGUUUUUUCUACUACGCGCCAAACAAAAAUCGAGGUUCAUCCUCACCAAAACUAAGAAAAAUGGCAAUUGGAAUUCAAUCCAGAAAUCAUACUGCAUCAUCAAACACCUCGACGCAAGCAACUCUUCGACCAAAACGGCGCAUAAAGCCUGAUCUUUGUAGGUUGGCGAGUUUUCGACAAUGGAAAUUAAACACUAAGUGCAACGUAUCAGCAGCACUUCUUUCUAAAGUUGGAUUCUCAUACACAGGCCAAGGUGAUAAAGUCCGAUGCGAAGCCUGUAAAUUGGAAAUCGAUUCGUGGAAACCUGGAAUGGAUCCGAGGCAAGAACAUAUGGAACGAAGUCCUAAGUGUCCAUUCGUUCUCGAACAAAGUGAACUCUUUUCGAAACAAGAUCAAGCGGUAUCGAUUCUCAAAUCGUCAAUAGCUCGUACUAAUGUGUCACGUACUGAUUAUAGAGGGUAUAUGGACGAUGGUGGUGGUGACGGUGAAAAUCUUCAUAGGAACUCUGAUCAACCAACAAUUCAAAAUUUAUUCAUUAAUUCUCUAUCGACCGAAAUCGUUGAUCGUGCUCGAGCUUAUACAUUUCUCAAUUGGCCAUCGAUUACACCAAGUGCACAAGAGAUGGCUUAUGCCGGCUGGUGGUACACGAACAUAACUGACAGAGUAAUUUGCAUUCAUUGUGAUGCAAUGUUUCACAACUGGAGCGAAACAGAUCGUCCGUACAAAGUUCAUCGUCUGAGGUCUCCGCAAUGCUAUUAUAUUCGUAUGAAUGAAAGUAAACAACCUACAAAUAAUCUACCGCCCAUACCCGUAGCGAACCAAACAAUCAAUGACACACCAAAUGGUCAAUCCAUUGUUGGCGCAAUACACGCCGAAUAUGCAUUAGUCGUUCGUCGUCAUCAAACAUUUGACAAAUGGCCAGGAAAGGAGGAUACUCCACUACCAUCGAUAGAAUCCUUCGUCGAUGCUGGAUUUUUUUAUACAGGUGAUAGAACUAUCGUGCGCUGUUUUUACUGUAAUGGAGCUUUGCGAAAUUGGCAAGCUUCAGAUGAUCCGAAAGUUGAACAUGCCAGGUGGUUUCCGCAAUGUGCUUAUAUUCGUCAGUACAUUGGUGAAAAUCUUUAUCAAGCUAUUCAACGUAAAAAUCGUGAAAUACGUGCACAACAAAAUCUUCAAAUGAGUAACAGUGGUGCAUCGUCUGAAUACAUUCCGUGGACAAACGAUGAAAUUGACCGGAUGGUCAAGGCUCGUUUAGAUUUGCCUGUUAUCGAAAAACUUCGACAGGAAAAUUACAGCAUGGCAAUCAUUCGAAAAGUUUUUGAAAUGCAACUUCGAUUCAAAAAGGACGAUUUCAAAACCGACGUCGACCUUCGAGUUGCUUGUCUAAUAUUAGAUAAGCAGGUGAAAUUAAUCAAUGGAAAUGAAGGGAAUAUUUUAGUAGCACAACAUUGGUUAAAAAAAAUCCAAGCCAAUGUCAAUCGAACCAAUGAAAACCGAAAUACCGAAAACUACGCCAAAAGUUGCCGCUCAUUCUCUGGUAACGACAAAAACAGAAGAGUCGCUUUGUGUACUUUGCAUGUCUACAGAUCGUCAGGUCGCAUGCCUUCCAUGCGGUCAUUUGACGAGCUGUGUAGCAUGUGGACAUAG